AUGCCUCUCGUCAGCACAACAGAAGUCAACGAGGACACUCGUGUCCUGGGCUACGACCCUUUGCUCUCCCCCCAGUUCCUUCAGUCCGAGAUCCCGGGACCCAGUGAAGCAAUUGCUGCCGUCCGCGCGGGUCGCAACCAGGCCGUCGAGAUCAUUGAGCAGCGCGAUGACCGUCUCCUUGUUGUUGUCGGCCCCUGCUCCAUCCACGACCCUGCAACUGCCAUUGAAUACGCUCGUCGUCUGAAGGGACUCUCCGAGAAGCUGGCGGCUGAUCUCUGCAUCAUCAUGCGUGCCUACCUCGAAAAGCCCCGCACAACGGUCGGAUGGAAGGGCUUGAUCAACGACCCUGACCUUGACGAGUCCUACAACAUCAACAAGGGCUUGCGCGUCUCCCGUAAGCUCUACGCCGACCUCACCAGCACCGGUAUGCCUAUUGCCAGUGAGAUGCUUGACACCAUUUCGCCUCAGUACCUUGCCGACCUUAUCUCCCUUGGUGCCAUUGGUGCCCGUACCACCGAGUCGCAAUUGCACCGUGAGCUCGCUUCUGGUCUGAGUUUCCCCAUUGGUUACAAGAACGGCACGGAUGGUAACCUGACGGUUGCUAUUGACGCCAUUGGCGCUGCUGCCCACCCCCACCGUUUCCUGGGUGUCACCAAGCAGGGCCUGGCCGCUAUCACUAAGACCUCUGGCAACGAGCACGGAUUCGUCAUUCUCCGUGGUGGCAGUAAGGGUACCAACUACGACCGUGCCAACAUCAAGGCUGCGCGCGAGGCUCUGCGCGCGAAGAACCAGCGCGAGGUCGUCAUGGUUGACUGCUCGCACGGCAACUCCAACAAGAACCACCGCAACCAGCCUCUUGUCGCUCAGGAGCUGGCCGAGCAGAUGCGUGAGGGUGAGGACGCCAUUGUCGGUGUCAUGAUCGAGUCCAACAUCAACGAGGGUAACCAGAAAAUGCCCGCGGAGGGACCUUCCGGUCUCAAGCAGGGUGUCAGUAUCACUGAUGCCUGUAUCAGCUGGGAGCAAACCGUCGAUACCCUUGAGAACCUGGCUGAGGCCGUCCGGGCUCGCCGGGCUGUCAAGGCCUCCAAGGCCAACGGUGCUCACUAA